GGAAUAAUAUUUAAUUUUUCAACCAAUAUGUCACACUCAAUCAUGUUUGUCCAAUUCAAUAAGGAUGAAAACUCCAAGACAUACCUUGACUUCGAGUCAGUAGAGUCAGCCCUAGAAGGCCUCUGACAACUCUACGAGCAGCAUAGUAUCGAAGAGAGCAAAGAGAAAGGUACCACAGAUUCUUUGACGUAUGACUUAAUCGACUUGUUCAAAUAUCUGGAUAGCCUGCAGGAUCUGAGUUGUCUCUCUUUCUCAGAUGACUCCAAAGUAUAUGCUCCACAUGGUAGAGCAUGGAUAAAGUCCCAAUUGUUCAACUUAAUGAAAGGAAAAGCAGAGAGCGGAUAGACAACAAAUAUUAAAGUUAAUAAACCUAGUUUUGGAAUAACCUCCAUAACUUUACCAGAAUUUUUUACAAAUUUCUUCU